AUGGAACCGAUCUUGACGGAGAAAUUAAAUCCGGAAAUGGAUCCAUCCCUGGAUCUCAAGGUGCUCUGUUUUGGCGCUUCCCUGACAGAAGGCUAUACGAAGCAUGGAACUGAGUUUAAACCUUAUUCGGGGGCGAUGGCCAGGGUUUUGGGACAGAAGUUGAAUACUGCUGAAGGGGAAAGAAGUGGGGAAAGUAAGGGAAACAAUGUGGAGGAUAGUGACGUAGACAAGCAUAGGAAUGAGGAGAAGCAGAGGCAGAGGUGGAAUGUUAGUAUUGACACGGAAGGCGUUAGUGGUGAGAUGGUCUUGGAGAUGGAGAAGAGAAUGAGGGGUAUUUAUGCUGAUCCUACCACCAUCCAAGAGCCGUACGAUCUGCUACUAUUCCUUGGCGGCACGAACGACUUAGGCCGUAUGCGGCUCCCCGAUGACAUCUUCGCCGAUAUUGAGAAGAUCGUCGCGAUCCCGUUAAACCAAGGUGCUAGAGUUGUGCUUUUGACAAUUCCAGAAUGUGCUGCCAAGGUGGGCUGGUUAAAUGAGCGGAGAGACGUAUUGAAUGGGAUGAUGAAAAAGAGGGCAGAGGAGGAUGAAAAUGUCUUCGUGUUCGACCUUCACAAGGCAAUCCCGUAUCAUUCCAUGGAUGCAGUUGAAAGGAAGGGGAUAUGGGAUGAUGGCCUACAUUUUACAGCCAAGGGAUAUGAAAGACUUGGAACUUUACUUGCGAAGAAAGUCUUGGACAUAUUGGGAUGGAAGGAAAUAGGUGUGGCGAAUGAGAUGAAGGGCGACGUGAUACAAGACGAGGGCCACGGUGUGAGUGCGGUUGUGGAGGGAUGUGAAGUAUGGCAGUGA